AUGUUGCUGCGGAUAGUUGUAUUCUGUGGGCUUAUUGUUGCCAAGCGGCCUCUAUUAAAUGCCACCGAAGUCGACUGCGGUGAUUGUGGCUUCUGUCGCACCAUCUCGCUAAAGACGCCCGAAGGUUCCGAGAACCCCAGCAAUGUCAACGCCCAAGGAUGUGGAUGCGGAGAGAAGGCUCUCAGCAAGUUGGAGAAGGACGAACGCGUCAAGAAGAUGCACGACUGCUUUGAAGCCUCAAACACGAAUGCUGAGUUCUCCUCUGAAGGAAAGCCCAAUGGUUUCCUAAAGGAUAUCUGUUGUGCGGAGGCGCAAUGCGGAAAAGAGGGUGAGAAGAAGGAUGAGAAGAAGCCGGCAGAGAAGAAGGAGGAAGAAAAGCCGAAAGCCGAGAAGAAGAAGCCGGAGGAUAAGAAGGAGGACAAGCCAAAGGAGGACAAGCCAAAGGAGGACAAGCCAAAGGAGGACAAGCAAAAGGACGACAAAAAGCCCGAAGGUGUGAAGAAGGAUGAUAAGGAUAAGAAAGGAAAAGAUGACGACAAUAAGAAGGAUGACAAGCCUAAGGAUGAGAAGAAAUCCGAAGAGGAUAAGAAGAAAGAGGAAGGAAAGGACGAGAAGAAACCGGCAUUGAAGGGAGAUGAGAAGCCGAAGGAGGAGAAGAAGGAUGACAAGGCGAAGAAGCCUACUGAUGAGAAUAAGAAAGACGAUAAGAAGCCGGCAGAGGACAAGAAGAAGGAGGAGAAGAAGCCUGAUGAGGAGAAGAAGAAGCCAGAAGAGGAGAGGAAGGACGAGAAGAAGAAGCCAGAGGGAGGUGACAAGAGGAAAGACGAUAAGCCGAAGGAUGUCAAGAAGGAUGAUAAUAAGAAGAAGCCAGAAGAUGACAAGAAAAAGCCCGAGGAGAAGAAAGGGGAUGAUAAGCCAAAAGACGAUGAC